UGGAACCAGACUACGUUCUGAACGUGUAGUCAAAGUACAUGUCAUGCACGUAGUUCAUGCUGGUUGACUAGUAAAACCAUAGAGCAAGGACCGAUCCGAACGUGUUACGUCAGUGUACGUAGAAUAAAAUUCUAGGUUUUGAUGGAUCUUCGUCUUACUUUUGAUAUCCAUCAGGACAGAAACAGGUGUUCAAUGAAGAGAUGUAACUAUGGCUUCUGAAUCAGAAGUGUCCGCUUUUGAGGAAGAGGGUUUAAGUUCCCCCUCCACGUUCCAGCUGCAGACAAGUUCCAUCCGAAACAGUGCUAACUUCAAGUCCAAGAGUGCCAAUAUUUUUGGCUCCCUGGAGACCAUCGAGAAGGGUUACAGCUCUGCUGUCAGCGAGAGAGGGUGGAGAGCUGCUGGGGUGGAGACUGAGGAGGAGCAUGAUGCUGAGGAGGGACUUAUUAAGAGAGGCUGCAUCUUUAAGAAACCAUGGGAUGCCUUGAGCCACAAGGGCAGCACAGUGGGCUCUGCGAGUCAACUGUCUCUUCGUCCAUCUUCUGGGAAGCCAGGAUUUGACAACAGAGCUGUAAGUCCCAGUUCCAGAUCUCUUGACACACGUCCAUCUGUCAAGGUUGGCUCAGUGGCAAAACCGCAAGCAGGGGCACAGCAGGAAUCUUCCGGCAGUAGUAGCACGACUGUGUUUCGCAAGCCAGACCAGCACCUGGACCGGCGAAGAAGUUUCGGUGGUAGAGGAGAAGGAAGACCUAUUCAGGGUUUGGCAGGAAGAGGGAGGCGUGGCCCCCCUGAUCAUGUGCUUAACCCCCACAAGUACACCAAGUAUUCGCUGGAAGAGACCAACAUGUGCGGGAACUCUGCAAACAGAAGCGUUGCUUUAGGGUUCCUCCGUGAACUGAGGAAAAGGAAGCAACAGGUGGAUAACCCAGCAUCAGAGGACCCGUCUGCGUCAGGCCAGUUUGUCUUCAAACAGCCCAGGCAAUCCACAACAGAGGACCAGGCAGAACAGCCAUUCAAGAAGACAUAUGGGAAUGUCUUCAAGAUGCCUGAGUACGAGGUGGGAAAAGGUCCAGGACUGAAAAGUAAAAAACUAAAGACUGCGCGUUUGAGGGAGGAACAUGACUCGGCCUGUGAAGCACUAGUGGAAACUGAACGUGAGAAAUCAUUCGCGGUGUCUGUAUUUUGUACAGAUCACUUUGAAAAUGAAGAUUCACUGAACAAAGGCAAAACAAAAGAUAAAGGUCCUGUCCAGUUGCAAGGGGAUAAUUCACUUUGUCAUGAAAACACCGACAAAGCAGAGCAGAGUAAACCUGGUGUUGAUGAAGAAAGUUUUAAGAGCAGAAAGGGUAAAGGAAAGAGACACUUCCGAGGUAGACAAGAAGACGCAUAGACACGGUUAAAAUUCUUGUUAAAUGCAUUUUUAUUUACCUAUAGUUCUCCAGUGCAAAUAUAUCCCACACUGAAGUGGUUUAAACUUUACAAAAUUAAAACUGCCAGUCUUCAACUUACAAUUUAAACAUUGUCAAUCCAUUGAGUUGAAUUAGCGUAUACAUGUAAAAACUUCCAACUGUGCAUGGUCGGUUUUGGAAACCUUCAGGUACUCUUUUGAAGGAAUAAGUGCUGUCCUUGUAUCUGAAUUGAGCAGAUCCUUGUGUUCUGAAUGUUGUGGAUCAUAGCUCAGUCUCAAAUCAUUGUAUUGCAGCCAUAAUCAGUAUAGUGCCAUAUAAUGGAAUGGAAAGUGGAAACUAACUAGGCCUACCCUUCAUUCAGUUCACUUAUGUAGCAUAUUGCUCGACUCGAGACUGAUUAACAAUGCACUAGACACAUGCAGUUCCAUCACGACAUGCAAACAAGUACAUGAACAGUGUACAUGUGCGGAGACUUUACAAAUAUGUCAAUCCACACACUUCGCAUUCACAAUAUUUAGCAACUUUGUAUGUAUUUCACAGUAUCUUGGGAAAGUACACGUCUCAACUGAUAAUUUUAGUUGAAAUACUACAGUUAAAUCACUAUUAACCUGUUACUUCUACAUAUCAAUACUUUGCCACACUACUUAAUUAUAAGCAUUAGUGACUAUUACAUCUGAUUCGAUAACACUAACGUAAAAAUGUUCAAUUCUACAUUUUAGAGUAAUCCGAAAGUUUGCAGCUAUAGUAAUUUCUGACGAGGUGAAAGUCUGUUACUCAACUAAAGCCAUACAUGUACAUGCAAGCAACUAUCUUUAUUUCUUGUUUCAAAGGUGAGCACCCAAUUAAAAAGUAUGCAUUAUAUGCAGUGUAUAAAAAUAUAUCAUGUAGUAGACAUCAUCAUGAGCGCUCACUGAUUAACAUCAAAAGUCAUUAAAUAAACUUGCUUAAAAAACUUUCUUGUGACGAUAAGAACAAUAUUCAGCUAUUAAAAAUCCCCAUGAGGAUAUGUUA